UGGCCUACAAACCGGGUUAAAACCACACUAGCGGAGCUUAAAUCUCGUCUUCGCACCUGUUUCACUUUUCCUGACGGCAUUGAGGAUGAGGACAUAACCAUAAGCCGUGAGAUUGGUAGCGGAAAAGAUCGCACAACCACUCAAAUUCUGAACGAUAUAGACUUAGCGAACAUAAUCUGGGGCGAUUCUUUCAAGGGUGAUUUACUCGUGGACUUUUGUCUGACGGCCGACAGUUAUGAUCAAUUACCACGCUUCAAGGGUGAAGUAGCGAAAACCCCCGUGAAAAUUCGAAAUGCUGUCAUCGAGGAAAUUUUGAGAAUGCAUAAAGUAUCGCCACCAAUUACCAGCGCUAACGAAGCCACCCGAUACGAAUUAAUAUCAGCUAUAAUUUACGGUGUAGCAUCAAUUUUUGAGGGCGAGAUAAAAUCUACCCACAAUACGAAAUUGCUGGAAGGACCAAUCGAUUGGGUUAUAAUGAUAGGCGAUAUUAUCAUUACGGUAACGGAGGCGAAACGAGAGGAUAUCAACCAAGGAGUAGCACAAAAUACUGUGAUGUUUGGGAUAGUUUCGACGGGUGUAGAUUGGGUUAUUAUUAAAGUUGUUGCAAGCGGGAAUAAUGGUGAAGGAAAUAUCGAGGUUUUUCUAAAUUCGCUUUCACCAUAUCCAUUACCAAUUAAUCAUCCGUCAUUGGAUCAUGAACAACUAGUGGGGCCAGUCGAAGAAAUUUUUGGUCAAAUCAAGUGGGUUUUCGACCAACAGAUAGAAACAAAGGGCAAACAGAAGCGACAGCGUAGGGAAUAA